GACGAAAUAAAAAUAAAACCGUUCGUAAACAAUAUAACCUAAGUUAUUGUAUUCCUUGAAAUCUAAGUUACGAUUACGAAAGAAAGCCGAAAGGAAUAUUCUCUUAUCGCUGGAAAUUGAGGAAUCGCUGGAAUUCAAAAGUUUUAAAAGUAACUGCUGUAGACUAUUGUCUGUUAAAACUCAGUACAUCUUCCAGAAGGAGAGUAAAUAACAGGCAGUCAAGAUGAUGAGAUACGAGGACACGGCGGAGUUGGAGGACAAGACUUCUUGUUCUGGGCUGAGGGCUGAUCUAAAGAUGUGUCUCCUGGAAUCGGACUGUUGUAGAGUGAAAAAGAAGACACCACGUGAGUGCCUGCAGACAAAAGAUCCUGAUAUACCUGACAACUGUUUAGCCCUGAAGAAUCUGUUUUUUGAAUGCAAAAGAUCAUUGCUGGACAACAGAACCAGGUUUCGAGGGAGGAGAGGUUACUGAAUUAGAGUCAGCACACUCACUCAUUCAGGUUUCUUAUGAAGAAUGAAUAAGUCAUCUCUCCAACGUGUAAAUACCCACAGUUAGUUAAGUACUUUGUAUAUUUGAUUCAAUUAUAGCGUAUGCAAAAAUAAA